AAACGUUUGACGUUCUCACUGACACCAAAAUAUUUCCUAUCCUGCUUAACCCAAAGUUUACCUGUACUUUGCAUCUUGAGUACCCCGAACAGGUGCUCCCAGAAUGGGUUCAUUCGUUGCAGCUAACACAAUAAGCAUGAUUUUGGUGCUGGCUUCGGCUGUACUGUCGCCAGGAUCCUCUUGUGUUAUCAACUGUAUCAGCAAACGAUCUGAUGACGUCUCACCGUUGCAGGCUGUUGUGGAGCAGCUAAGUCAACAACUGGUUCACCUGACGGCGCAAGUCGAAGCCAACAAAAACAGAAUCGAUGACACCCAGCGUGCGGUGGGCUUCACAGCGAGGAAGAAGCUGGCCGAUGUCCAUGGACUGCGGCUGUACGAAACGAUCGUUUUUGACGACGUCGUGUACAACGCCGGCGAUGGCUACGAUCCUGAGACAGGCUUCUUCACGGCCCCAGUGGCAGGAUCCUAUGUCUUUUUCCUUCAGACGAUGCUUCACAACCUAGACGAGGAACGCUUGUUUCUCGACAUCACAAAAAACGGGUCGACUCUGGCACGUGCGCACGUAGGUUACUCAAAUUUUGAAAACGGCAGCACCAUGGUGACUACACACCUCGUUCAAGGGGAGAGAAUCAUGGUCAGGAUAACGCUGGGGAGUCAGUUCUGGGGAGAAUUUUACACAACGUUUGCGGGGUUUCGAAUAUCUUCUACCUAAAAAGAUAAAAUACAACGGGUGUCAGUUGCAUGGGAACCUUCACUCAAAGACAUGUCCUACUCAUGAUUUGGUUGUAUAUGCGGAUUGCUGACGGAAUAAAAGAGUGCAGAUAUCGGGGAACUGUUAAACUACGACUUCGAUGUGUCUGUUGUCCAAUUCCUAUCGAAGUGGAUGGGAGUUAUCAGCUAAUUAAAAUUUUAGUCAGUUUGUUAAACGGAAGCUUGUGAUAUAUAGUGUCUCUAAGUCAUUCUGCCUCCUUCUAAUCACCCCUCCUGCU